AUGUCACCCCAAGCGUCUCUGAGGAGAGACUCUGCGUCGCCCACCCCCAGCUCAACAUCCUCCGUCUUCUCAACCUCAACCUCAAAUAUCCUCACUGCCGCCUCAAGUGUCAUGUCCGUCUCUCCAACUCCUACAAAGCAGCACUCUCCAGGGCCGGCAUCCGCAUCUGCAUCCGCCCUACAGACUGCAGACCCGAUGUCGAAACCCUCUUCCGUGCAGAAGCUCGACGUCACGACCAACUUCUCCUACUGCACCCCAACAUCGCUCGCAUUCUUCAAGGAGCUAGCAUGGGAGCAAACGCCCUGGAUCCGGCGCUCCACUAACACCAAGAUGACUAACCCCAUCCUCCCAGAAGACGCCGCCCAGAUCUCAAAACACCUAGAAGUUGACCAAGAAGCCAUCGAGCACGCGCUUCUCUUCGGCUCAACAUCAACAGAUCUGCAGCUCUUCGUCAUCUUCCCGCACGCCACCGACUAUGCGGUGAUCAACGAGCGCUUCCUGACAAUUUGGCACGACGAGAUUGUUAAACCUGCCUUCGACCGCGCGUGGAAAGACAGCGGUCUCGUACGCAUCCAUGGCGCCAUGCUCGAGAGCAGGGUGCGCAUCCUUCCUCCCAAGGGCGUCAGGACGGAGAACGACGCGCUGCCCGCAAGCGACAUAAUUCGGCGUUUCCGUCUGAACUCGACCCAGAUACAUGCCCAAAACUGGCCGUCCGGGAACCCCGCGAUCAUGCAUGACGCUUGGGAGUCGAUUGCGGGUAUGCUGCGCGGGUAUCCUGGGCUGGAGGAGUACCAGGAUCCGAAGCUACUGGCGGUGUAUCGCGCGGGGAUUGAUCUUAAUGAGAAAAUGAGCACGCCGGAUUGGUAUGAGAUUGUAAGGAGGGAAUGGGAUGCGGACAUGGACGGGGAGUAUGUGGUUAAGGGGAGCUUUGGCGUACUGUUAAAAACGAGUCUGGGAAAGAAGAAGGAUGGGACGGCGGUUGUUCAGAAGAAGCGCAAGUCGACGAGAGGAUACGGGGAUGAGGAAGAGAGUAGGAAGAUAGGGAAUGAGGAAGACAGACAUCAAGCCAAGCGCCGCAAGGUGGUUGAAGACGUCUAG